AUGGCGGCGGCGGCGGUAGAGUUCCAGAGAGCCCAGUCUCUACUCAGCACCGACCGGGAGGCCUCCAUCGACAUCCUCCACUCCAUAGUGAAGCGUGACAUUCAGGAGAACGAUGAGGAGGCAGUGCAGGUCAAAGAGCAGAGCAUCCUGGAACUGGGGUCUCUCCUGGCGAAGACUGGACAAGCUGCAGAGCUUGGAGGACUCCUGAAGUAUGUGCGACCCUUCUUGAAUUCCAUAAGCAAGGCUAAAGCAGCUCGUCUUGUCAGAUCUCUUCUGGAUCUGUUUCUUGAUAUGGAAGCAGCUACAGGGCAGGAGGUUGAAUUGUGUUUAGAGUGUAUCGAAUGGGCCAAAUCAGAGAAAAGAACAUUCUUACGCCAAGCUUUGGAGGCAAGACUAGUGUCUUUGUACUUCGAUACCAAGAGGUACCAGGAAGCAUUGCAUUUGGGUUCUCAGCUAUUGCGGGAGUUGAAAAAGAUGGACGACAAAGCCCUUUUGGUGGAAGUACAGCUUUUAGAAAGCAAAACGUACCAUGCCCUCAGCAACUUGCCGAAAGCCCGAGCUGCCUUAACCUCUGCUCGAACCACAGCAAAUGCCAUCUACUGCCCCCCUAAAUUGCAGGCCACAUUGGAUAUGCAGUCAGGUAUUAUUCACGCAGCAGAGGAGAAGGACUGGAAAACUGCAUACUCAUAUUUCUAUGAGGCAUUUGAGGGUUAUGACUCCAUUGAUAGCCCCAAGGCCAUCACCUCUCUGAAGUACAUGUUGUUGUGCAAAAUCAUGCUCAACAGCCCAGAGGAUGUCCAGGCUCUGGUGAGCGGGAAGCUUGCACUGCGGUAUGCUGGAAGGCAGACAGAAGCAUUAAAAUGUGUGGCCCAGGCUAGCAAGAACAGGUCACUCGCAGAUUUUGAGAAGGCCCUGACAGAUUACCGGGCAGAGCUCCGGGAUGACCCAAUCAUCAACACCCACUUGGCCAAGUUGUAUGAUAACUUACUGGAACAGAAUCUGAUCCGAGUCAUUGAGCCUUUUUCCCGAGUACAGAUUGAACACAUAUCUAGCCUCAUCAAACUCUCCAAGGCCGAUGUGGAAAGGAAAUUAUCACAGAUGAUCCUUGACAAGAAAUUCCAUGGGAUCUUGGACCAGGGGGAGGGUGUUUUGAUUAUUUUCGAUGAACCCCCAGUAGAUAAAACUUAUGAAGCUGCUCUGGAAACAAUUCAGAACAUGAGUAAAGUAGUGGAUUCUCUCUACAACAAAGCCAAGAAGCUGACAUAG